AUGAGUGAGCAAGCAGCCCCGGCUCUUCGCUUUGGCUUUUGGUCCCGGUGGAGCAGCACGGACCGAGCCCGGCCCGGGAACUCGCUUCUCCCGGCCCUGCCGCACCGGUGCUGCCGUUCCCGGGAGGAGCCGCGGGACCGGGGCGAGCGCCGGGGGCUGAGCGCCCCCUGCCGGUACCGGAGCCGGGCUCCCCCUGCCGGUACCGGGACCGAGCCGAGCUCCUCCUGCCGGUACCGGGACCGAGCGUCCUCCGCCAGUACCAGAGCCGAGCUCCCCCUGCCGGUACCGGCCGAGCUCCCCCUGCCAGUAUCGGUACCGAGCGCCCUCCUGCCGGUACCGGGACCGAGCUCCCCCUGCCGGUACCGAGCCUCCGCCGGUACCGGGGCCGAGCUCCCCCUGCCGAGCACCACUGACAGAAGGUGCAACAGUACCAGUUCCCUUCAAGCAGAUCUCUCCAACCUUGUGAUCUGGGCACACACUCAUGGCACCAUAUGCAACCAGAUCCCAGGCCUGGAAUUUAUGCAGAACACAGAUCAUGUGAGCAGUGACAACAGUGUGCUGUGGAUGUGCAGAGCUGGACAUGCCUAUCACUGGCACUGUGGGAAGUCACACAACACAGAUGAAGAAGUGACUGAGGCUUUAGAAGGGAGAAAGAGGCUCCUGUCUUCUGAGUCUUUGGCAAGGGAAUCCAGCUUUGGGGAAAAGAAGCUCAGGCUGACCCCAUCAUCUUUUGAGAUGGACCAAGAAGAUUCUGGGAGCACAGGGUCGUGUGGCAGAUCCCAAGGGGUCACUGAGCAGAAGGCUUACAGCCCCUACACAAGGAAUAACGAACCCAAGGGGAGUCAAAAUAUCAGGAAACCCAGAUUCUCUGCAGCAGAGCAGCACUUCUCCAUGUCUGGUAGUAGAGUCCAGACAGGUGAACAGGAUGUGAAGUCCGAAAGGUAUGAAGAUGCAGAGAUCAUUAUCUCUGAUGAGGAGCAGUGUGAGGCAGAUGAAGACAACAAAGGAGAAAGAAUCAGCCAGGAUAAUGUGUCAGAGCCAUCUGCUGAGAAGUUGCAGAUGCACCGCUGCCAGAAGAUGGCAUUGCACCAGCCAACAGCCCCCCAAAAAACUGCCUUUGCCCCCACAUGCCUGCCCAUUCGGCAGGCUCCUGUCAGCAGCUCAGAGGAUCUGAGCAGGAACAUCUUGAGGCUGGCUCCUACCACUGCUGCAGGGCCCAUGGCUGAAACUUCCAGGGCAAGGAGCCUUCUGGGGUCAGCAGUGCCAAAGGUAUGUCUCAAACGCCUUCCUGUCCCCAGCACUGAAGCCAAGGCCCAGCUUGAAUCCCAGACCUCAGUGAUGUUCUUUGAGCUCCAAGCCACUGCUGCUGUUCAGCAACAUCUCCAGCUGAGCCCUCCAGAGUGUGGUGCACUGGGAGUGGGCUCCAGUGGGGAUGGUGCUGAGAACGUGGGUAAGGACAGUGAGACAUCAGGAUCUGAGCAGACACCUUGUUCUUCAGCCUUCCAGAGUCCAGAGAGACAUCCACCUGCAGCCUCAAAUGGAGAUGUGCUGAAGAAGCAGGAGAAAAAGAAAAGCAAUACCACUGGAUACAUAAAAGUGUUCAAAGGGUGGCUGAAGGGGCACCACCCCUCCGAGACGCGCAAGAUCCACGCGCUGCCUCCUGCAGACCUCGACCAUUACCUGCUGUCCUUCUUCAGCUCUGUCAAAAAACAGAACGGCAGGGAUUUUUCUGCCAAUUCCUUAAACAUCAUCCGGUGCAGCAUCAGCAGGUACCUCCAGGACCACAACUACCAGUACAGCAUAUUGAGAGGGCCAGAGUUCAAGGCCUCUCAGGAAGCCUAUAAAUUAAAAUGUAGGUUUCUGUUUCAAAAGAAGGAGGAAGCGUGGAAAGUUGUGGAGAACCUGACAGAUGAAGAUGUGGAAAAUCUUCUUGAGAAGGGAAUUUUAAGCAAGACAAGCCCUCAGGGCUUGUUGCACCUUGUGUUCACCAGCCUCGUUAGGGGAUUUGGGGCAAACACCCACCAGCAUGCCUACCAGCUGUACUGGGGACAGGUGGUGCUGAGGAAGACCAAAGGAGAGGUGGAGUACUUGGAGUGGAAGAAUGAUCUGAGCCCCAAGGGAAAUGAAGGGGAGCUAAACCCACGGCUCUUUGCCAAGCCUGAGGAUCCAGAGAACUGCCCGGUCUCCAGUUACAAGGAGUAUGCCAGGAGGAGGCCAGCAGACAUGCUGAAUGACAACCACCCUCUUUACCUGGCUCCCAGGUCACUGUACUCUGUCUGGGACAAAGUGUGGUACAUGAGGAAGGCACUGUCAAAAGCCAAAAUUCGUAAUAUCUUGAAAGUUAUUAGGCAGGAAGUCAGAGGAACAGUGAGGAGGAGUGAGAAAUAGGGGCGUCCCUUCAGCUUUGCCCCUUCAACCACUCCAAGGCUGCUCUGA